AGAGAGAGAGAGAGAGAGCAUCUCGUUCACAGCUCCAAACCGAGCUCUUACUUUUGAAGUUAAGCCUUUUCCCAAGUCUUUUAUUUUGUAAUGACCUGAAGAAAGGUCAUUGGAAGAGAGGUUGGUCUUCCAGAAAGGUUAUUGUGGGAUGCUUGGCUGGAGGAGGGCAGGAAUUCCUUUCAGUGCCUCCCAGACACUCAGGAAUCACCAGAAACAGAUCCACCCUUCUUCAUCUCAAAGAGGACUUUUAUUUCAUGCUUUCAUUUCAGAGCGACUUCAACAGACGCACUUCUGAUUCAUGAAGACUUUUAGUCCUUUCUAACCUUUUUUGUUCAGACUUUGUCGGACCCUUUAUUUUCUCGGUUCCUUUGCAUAUUGGGGUGUAUCCCCACUGAACCCAAGGGUUCAUCACACACACACACACACACACACACACCGACCGGGUUUGGCGUGGAGACGGGGUCCCUAGCAGCGCUUGCCUUGGGUCGGGUGUGCCUGGCGUUUCCAUAGCAACCAUGCUGCGUUGCGUCCUGCAGCGGGCGUACAACCUCCGCCACUCGGACCCCCUGGCGGGAGUGACCUUCAGAGGCACCAAGAAAAAGACCAAGGUUGUCAAGAACAACCCUAACCCAGUGUGGAAUGAGGGUUUUGAGUGGGACCUGAAGGGAAUUCCUCUGGAUUCCGCAGCAGAGAUCCACUGUGUGGUUAAAGACCACGAGAAGAUGGGGAGGAACAGGUUCCUGGGUGAGAGCAGGGUGUCUCUCAGGGAUGUCCUCAACUCUCCAAACCUGGCGGCUUGCUUCACCGUGUCCCUGAUGGACACCAAGAGGAACAACACUGGAGCCACACUAAGCCUGCAGGUUUCCUACAUCCCUCCCCCCGGAGCAGCGGCCAUCUACCAGCCUCCCGCCCAGCCGGAGCCCUCCCACUACAGCAACCCCCACGUAGAGCUGGACACCAUCACAAUGAUCUCCAUGGACACCAUGGGGGAGGAGGACACAGAGAGCAUGCUGAUGCUGGAGCCCAGCGAGGAGCAGGGCCUGGACGACGGGGGCCGCUCCCUGGUGGACUCGGGCCCCCAGGGGCCCCAGGGCAGGGAGACCCCCACCGCCCAGACCCCCAAGAGACCCCCACCCUCCUACAAAGCCCAGGCCGGCCUGAGGAAGAGGAGGAGGGGGGCCGGCAGCCAGAACAGAGCCCUCCCCAACAAGCCCCAGGACCUGCAGGUGCGUGUGCGGAUCAUCGAGGGGAGACAGUUGCCGGGCAUCAAUAUCCAACCAGUCGUCAAGGUAACCGUUGCCGGGCAGACCAAGAGGACCUGCAUCCGUAAGGGGAACAACCCUGUGUUUGAUGAGACCUUCUUCCUGAACUUCUUUGAGUCACCCUCCGACCUGUUUGACGAGCCAAUCUUCAUCACCGUGUGUGACUCUCGCAUGCUGAGGCAUGAUGCUGUCAUUGGAGAAUUUAAGCUGGAUGUGGGGACAGUCUACAGUGAGCACAGACACUGCUUCCUGAGGAAGUGGCUGCUGCUCAGUGACCCUGACGACCUCUCGGCAGGGGUCAAAGGUUACGUGAAGGUCAGCCUGUUGGUGCUGGCGGCGGGAGACGAACCCCCGGCGGACCAGAAGGAGUGUGUGGAGGAGAAGGAGGACAUCGAGGGGAACCUCCUGAGACCGGCCGGUCUGACCCUCAGAGGAGCGCAGUUCUCCCUCAGAGUCUUCAGAGCUGAAGACCUCCCUCAGAUGGACGAUGCCUUCAUGGACGGGAUGAGGCAGAUCCUGGGCUUCGACAGCAACAGGAAGAAUCUCGUUGACCCGCUGGUAGAGGUCCACUUUGCAGGCAAAACCAUCUGCACCAAAGUGCUGGAGAAGAGCGCCAACCCCCAGUGGAACCAGUGCCUGUCCAUGCCCAUCAGGUUUCCCUCCAUGUGUGAGAAGAUGAGGCUCAGAGUUCUCGACUGGGACCGGGCGAGUCACAAUGACAUCAUCGGCACCGCCCACCUGUGCAUGUCCAAGAUAUCAGCCCCUGGUGGAGAGAUCGAUGAUGAGCCGUCUUCUAGGAGUCUCCAGUCUGCCAGUAUGUUCAUCAAUUUCUCGACCGCUUCCCUCACCCCCGCUCUCUCUGACUGUCUCUACCUCUCUCUGCUGUCCUGCGUGACCAAUCACAGGCUGACAGUCUCCAGCCACUGCCAAUCAGUAUCAGGCAGCCAGAAGGGCAUGACCGAAAGUCUCUGUCUCAUCUCUUGGUCUCUCUCCCCCUCCUCCCCCGCUCCCUCUCUGGUCUCUCUCCCCCUCCUCCCCCUCUGUGGUCUCUCUCCCCCUCCUCCCCUGCUACAGAGACUCCCGGUGGAGGAGCUGUACAUGCCCCCCAUCGUCAUCAAGGUGAUAGACAACCGUCAGUUUGGCAGGAAGCCGGUGGUGGGCCAGUGCACCAUCCGCUGCCUGGACGACUUCCGCUGUGAGCCCCAGGAGGAGCCCGAGGAGCAGGAGGAGGAGACAGGUGACAUGGCCUUGACUCCCCGUGAUGACAUCCUGAUUGACAUCGAUGACAAAGAGCCUCUCAUACCUGGACAGGAGGAGGAGUUCAUGGACUGGUGGAGUAAGUUCUACGCCUCCACCGGAGAGACCAGCAGAUGCGGAACCUACCUGGAGAAGGGCCUGGACACCCUGCAGGUGUACGACAGGGAGCUGGAGCGGGUGGACGCGUUCGGCGGUCUCUCAGACUUCUGCCAGACCUUCAAGCUGUACCGCGGGAAGACCCAAGAGGAAGGACAGGACCCCUCCCUGGUGGGGGAGUUCAAGGGUAUGUUUAGGAUCUACCCCCUGCCCGGUGACGCCUCCAGCCCCAUGCCCCCCAGACAGUUCACCCAGCUGCCCUCCAGUGGUGUGGAGGACUGUGUGGUCCGGGUCUACGUCAUACAGGCCCACGACCUGCAGCCAAAGGACUCCAACGGGAAGUGUGACCCCUACGUCAAGAUCAGUCUGGGGAAGAAGACCAUCAGUGACCAGGACAACUACGUUCCCUGUACCCUGGAACCUGUGUUUGGAAAGCUGUAUGAGCUGACGUGCACGCUGCCUCUGGAGAAGGACCUGCGGGUGGCGCUGUUUGACUACGACAUGCUGAGCAAAGACGAGAAAAUCGGAGAGACCGUCAUCGACCUGGAGAACCGCUUCCUGUCCCGCCACGGAGCCCGCUGCGGUCUGCCAAGCACAUACUGCACGUCGGGGGUGAACGUGUGGCGGGACCAGCAGAGCCCCAGCCAGCUGCUGUCCAGGGUGUGUGAGAGGCGGGGCCUAAGACGACCCGUCUACCAGCGAGACCGCCUCACCUUCAGGGGCCGGCAGUACACGGCUGCAGACCUAGAUGAUGGUAAGCCUCUGAACCCCCACCUCGGACCCCUGAUGGAGAGACUGUCUCUCCUCAUCCUGAGGGGUCUGGGUUUGAUUCCCGAACACGUUGAGACCAGACCACUGUACAGCCCUCUGCAGCCAGAGAUACAGCAGGGGAGGCUGAUGAUGUGGGUGGAUGUGUUCCCCAAGUCCCUCGGACCCCCUGGACCGCCGUUCAACAUCACCCAGCGCAAAGCCAAGAAGUUCUUUCUGCGCUGCAUCAUCUGGAACACCGUUGACGUCAUCCUGGACGACGUCAGCAUCAGCGGAGAGAAGAUGAGUGACAUCUAUGUCAAGGGGUGGCUUCACGGGCACGAGCACAACAAGCAGAAAACAGACGUGCACUACCGCUCGCUGGGAGGAGAAGGAAACUUCAACUACAGACUCCUCUUCCCCUUCCACUACCUGCCCGCUGAACAGCUCUGCUUUGUCGAUAGGAAGGAACACUUCUGGAGUGUGGAUAAGACGGAGAAGAAGAUUGCUCCUAAACUCACCAUCCAGAUCUGGGACAAUGACAAGUUCUCCUUUGACGAUUACCUUGGCCACCUGGAGAUGGACCUGAACAGCAUGCUGCGGCCGGCCAAGAGCUCGGUGAAGUGCGGGCUGGAGAUGCUGCAGCAGACCGCCGACCAACGCGUCUCGCUGUUCCAGCAGAAGAGCGUGAAGGGCUGGUGGCCGUGCAGCUGCCAGCUCAACGGGGCGACCACACUCGCUGGGAAGGUGGAGAUGUCUCUGGAGGUGGUGUCAGAGGAGGAGCAGGAGGAGCGACCGGCAGGCGUGGGGAGAGACGAGCCCAACAUGAACCCCCACCUGGAGGAGCCCAAGCGUCCGGACACCUCCUUCCUGUGGUUCUCCUCUCCCUAUAAGACCAUGCGCUUCAUCCUGUGGACGAGGUUCAAGUGGUUCAUCCUCCUCUUCAUCAUCCUCUUCCUCGUCUUCCUCUUCUUCGGUGUCUUCCUCUACUCCUUCCCCAACUACGCCGCCAUGAAGAUGGUGGGGCCGUUCGGACCCGCCAAGGCAGCCCAGUGAUGAUGUCAUCAGGACGCGACUCCUUGGAGAUGAUGACUGAUGAGAGGGAACGGUCGAUGGUUGCCAUAGCGCUGCACAUACAGUGGAUUCAGGCUUUGGAUUUGGGUUUUUGUGUGUGUGUGUGUGUGUGUUAGUCGACUGUGCCAUUAUUGGUCAUUUGGGUGUCAGCUUUCGUUUUUUAGUCGACUUUGCCACUUGAAUCGUCUAUUCAUAUGUAGAAUAUUAUGAUUUCAUUCAGUGAGUUUUCAUUGUUACGAUUGAAUCCCGGUAGUCUGUUCAAUUUUUCUGUGUCUGAUAACCAAUCAGAAACCACCUCUACUUCUAAGGAGUAUUACAUGGUUUACUUCUAAACUUAAUGGCAAUCCCGAAGAAUAUGUUAAUCGAUGUUGGAUGUUGUUGUUCUGCCAGCACAACCACAUAAAUUAGAAUAUGUAUCACAUCCAGUAUAAGUGGAGGUAAAGACUAUUAUCACUAUCUACAGACUUGAAAAUAUUGAAAAGAGUGUUUAGUGUUCAUCCUGAGAUGAAGAGUUGCUGUUUUUGCAUUAUUAGGGUAGCAGUAGGCCUAUGUUUCAAUUUUUAAUUGUUGACCGAGCUUAAACUCAUGAACCUUGAACCCAAAAUCAGCCUAACACUGCUGCUAUAGCCAUGAAAGCCUUAACCUCACUUUACAAAUGCAAAGUAGAAACGCUCUAUGCUAACAUGCUAGUUGUUGCUUUGGUAAAAACCGAAUCAAAACCAAAAAAGCCUCAGGCAUCCUUUCCCCCUCGUUCCCAAAUAAUAGCUGCCUUGAGAACAAAUAUUUACCCUUCACAUUUUUGCCUAACAGGACUAAUCAACACAUUGCGGAUGUAUCAAUGAGUGUUGAACAAUCCAUAUUUGUUACAAGCCUCAGCCGCAAUCUAAUCUUAUCAUCUGGCGUGUCAAAACUUUUGAGCGGUAGCAGCGCAUCCGAAUAGCCCAACAUUAGCUCAUCCGAUGUGAGCGCCUACUGUGCUAGGGUCAACGGCGUUGCUGAUGCCAACGGCUGUAUGCAUUGUGGGAGAUGUUGUCUGACGGCGUGUGGUUAGCCAGUUGUUUCCGUGUGUUUUUGGAAUCCACAGACUGAAUGUAUUCUUCAUGUAUUCACUUCCCCACAAGCAAUACUGCCUGCACUGGAAGAUCAAAGAGUUAUCAAUAAAGUAUAUAUUUAAACUCUG